UGAUUAGUUAAAUUGUUGCUUCUUCUCAAUCUUAGCUUACCCAUUUUCUUGUGUGAAAACAAUUUACAAAUUGUUAGUUGUAAUUGUUAAUUAUCAUGGGUCGUAAAACUAAAUCAAAAUCAAUUGUAAAUUCUAGUGAUCAACAAUUAACCUCUCAACUAAUAGACGAUUCUGAUUGGAUUUAUCCACAAUUAGCUAACCAAUCGAUACGAUCUUUAAUUGUUACCUUAAUUAUAAUUUACUACUUUAUCUAUCUUGGUAAUUACAGUCUAAUUGUUUCACUUGUUUCAAAUUCAGUUAAAUUAAUUAGUGGCCGAGGUUCUUGUUCAAUUGUUAUCCCAUCAAGUUGGAGUAAAUUGUUUCAUCCACCAGUUAAUUGUUCAAAAUGUGAAACAAUUAAAGAGAUCAUUGAAGUUACAAAUAUUACAAGUGAACAAUUUGAAUCAAGAUUUGCUUAUUCAAUGGAACCAUUAAUAAUUAGAGGAGCAAUUAAAUCUAAUUGGAAAGCUUUGGAUGUGUUUUCAUUGAAGUUUUUUCAACAAUUAUAUUUGUCAACAAUUAAUUCUGAUCAUAAUCAAUAUCGUUGUCAAUUUUUUCCGUAUUCAACUUCCUACAAAUCACUCAUACAAGCUUUACAAUCAAUUCCAGAUCAAGUUAAUUACAAUCAAUCAACUCCAUGGUAUAUUGGUUGGUCUAAUUGUGAUCCAAGGAUAACAUCAAUUCUGAGACAAUUUUAUCAUAAACCACAAUUUCUGCCGAUUAAUUCAGAGGAUUCAAGACUUGAUUGGAUAUUCAUGGGAACCCCUGGUUAUGGUGCACCAAUGCACAUUGAUAAUGUUGGUUAUCCUUCAUGGCAAGCACAAAUUAAGGGAACCAAAAAAUGGAUUCUUGAACCUCCACUUGAUUGUUACCUUAAUUGUAAAAGAUUUGAGGUAACAAUUAAUCCAGGAGAUAUAAUUGUCUUGGAUACAAAUAAAUGGUUUCAUGGGACUCAAAUUGUUGGAGAUGAACUAAGUAUCACAAUUGGAUCAGAAUAUGAUUGAAACAAUUAAAAGAUUAAUCAUUUCAUGUAAUAUUUAGUUAAUAAAAAU